AGAGAGAGAGAGAGAGAGAGAGAGAGAAAUCUAAGGCAAAAUCCCAAAGGCAAAGCUGAUUUGAUUUGUCGCCAAACUAAACUCAGUGUUCUCUGAAACAAAGCUUCUUCUUCUUCUUCAAGGUUUCUCUCUCUCUCUCCAAUGUGUACCCAAAAGCGGCUGUCCUCUCUUCCCUCCUCCUCUCUCAUUCUUGAAAAUUUUCAGAGCCCAUUUCAACUCUCAUUCUUCUGACACUCUCACUUCGUUAGACCAUGCCCUGUUUGCUUCCGACCGGAUCUCCAUUUUCUCUCUGUCUCUGCUUCCAACCUCGCCGGGAAAAUCUCGUCUCUUUUCUCAGUAACCAAACACACAAGCCCACCAUAACAAUCCGCCAUUAACGAUGGUUUCUCUGUUGUCCGUCACUGUUUACUUGUUUUCCCUCUUCAGCACUCUCUCUCCACUCACCGAAUCCACUUCCCUCAACACCACUCUCCCUCACCAACACCCAUUUCCCGAUUCCGUCGCUCUCGAUGUCCUAAGGAGAGUGAACGCGUCGUUUUCACGGAGACGCCUAGGAUCUUCGCCCUCGUCGUCGUCGUCGUCCUCAUCGUCUUCGUGCCUCACCGGGAACCCGAUCGACGACUGUUGGAAAUGCGAUCCAAACUGGUCAUCGAACCGACAAAGGCUGGCAGACUGCUCCAUCGGCUUCGGUCGGGGCACUCUCGGCGGUAAAAACGGUCGGAUCUACGUCGUAACAGACUCCUCCGACAACAAUCCGGCGAACCCAACUCCCGGAACCCUCCGACACGCCGUAAUCCAAACGGAGCCUCUCUGGAUCGUCUUCUCCGGCAACAUGUUCAUCAAACUCAGACACGAGCUCAUUAUCAACAGCUUCAAAACCAUCGACGGUCGGGGAGCGAUGGUCCACAUCACCGGAAACGGCUGUCUCACUCUCCAAUACGUCCAACACGUGAUCAUCCACAAUGUCCAAACUGUCGACUGCAGCCCCUCCGGCGGAGCCGUCGUGGCUUCGUCGCCGACUCACGCCGGGAAACGAGGGAGGUCCGACGGAGACGGGAUCUCCAUAUUCGGGUCGCAGAAGAUCUGGGUCGACCACUGUUCACUGAGCCACUGCACCGACGGGCUAAUCGACGCGGUGAUGGGCUCGUCGGCGAUCACGAUCUCGAACAACUACUUCUCGCACCACGACGAGGUGAUGCUUCUGGGUCACGACGACAGCUACAUGAUGGAUUCGGGGAUGCAGGUUACGAUCGCGUUCAACCAUUUCGGGCAGGGACUGGUUCAGAGGAUGCCGAGAUGUCGGAGAGGGUACAUUCAUGUCGUGAACAAUGAUUUCACGUCGUGGAAGAUGUACGCCAUUGGAGGAAGUGGUAAUCCCACCAUUAACAGCCAGGGGAAUCGCUACACUGCGCCUUCCGAUCCAAGCGCCAAAGAGGUGACGAAGAGGGUGGACACGAGGGACGGGGAUUGGGCGGACUGGAACUGGAGGACGGAAGGGGACAUGAUGGCGAACGGAGCUUUCUUCGUGCCGUCCGGAGAUGGACUGAGCUCUCUCUACUCGAAGGCCUCCAGCCUCGAACCCAAGGCCGCUGCCCUCGUCGACCACCUCACCCUCAACGCCGGUGUCUUCGGUGGGCCCAGGGACUACGGCGGAGGCGGAGGCGGAGGCGAUUCAUACGGCGGCGGAUUCGGAGGCAGCGGCACCAACAACAUUGGUGGAACCCAAGGCGGUGGCGGUGGCGAUGGCGGUGGCAGUAGCAGUGGCGAUAACAACAUCUUCGAGAUGAUAUUUGGGAGCCACGCGCCACCACGCGCCGGUGGGAGCGUCUCGUCCUCAACCGCUCUGUUCUUGUCUUUGCUAACGACUUGUGUUGCGUACACUCUCGUGACCGGCCGAUUUGAUGCUGCAUUGUCAUCAACUCUAUUACUGUAGCAGAUGAUUAAGAUGGGUUUUUUUAUAUUUAUUUUUGCAUAUUUAAAUGAAAGGAAAGAAAAUUUGUCUGAGGGUCCACCAUUA